UCUCUCUCUCUCUCUCUCUCUCUCUCUCUCUCUCUCUCGCUCGCUCUCUCUCUCUCCCUUUGGCCUCCUCUUCCAUCAUGGCUGUCUGCCACCACCACCACCACCACCUCCUCCUCCACCACCGUUAUCGGAUCCGCUCCUCCUUCUGCCCCUCCCCUCUGCUUCCAUUCCGCAAGCCACUCUCCGCCUCGUUCCCCCUCCCUAAGCCACGGCUCCGCCUUCCGCAGCUGGUCCCGCGCCCCCUCCGCCUCCAGCCAAGGGCCUCCGCGAAGGCGGCGGGGGAGGCUGAAACCUCAGAGCGGCAGCGGCCGGUGGGAGGUAAGCGGACUGACAUCAAGAAGAUCAUGAUUCUGGGGGCCGGGCCCAUCGUGAUCGGGCAGGCGUGCGAGUUCGACUACUCCGGCACGCAAGCGUGCAAGGCUCUGGUGGACGAGGGAUAUGAGGUGGUGCUCGUCAACUCCAAUCCGGCCACUAUCAUGACCGACCCCGACCUCGCCCACCGCACCUACGUGGGCCCCAUGACCCCGGAGCUCGUCGAGCAGAUCAUCGACGCCGAGCGCCCCGACGCCCUUCUCCCCACCAUGGGCGGCCAGACCGCCCUUAACCUCGCAGUAGCCCUCGCGGAUUCAGGCGCCCUUGCCCGCCAUGGCAUCGAGCUCAUCGGCGCGAAGCUUAAAGCUAUCAAAACCGCGGAGGACCGCGACCUCUUCAAGCGUGCCAUGGACCGCAUCGGCCUCCGCACUCCACCCUCCGGCAUCGGCAACACCUUGGAAGAGUGCCUUGCUAUUGCCGAUGACAUCGGUGGAUUCCCCCUCAUCAUUCGCCCCGCCUUCACCCUUGGUGGCACAGGCGGUGGUAUCGCCUACAACCGCGAUGAGUUUGAGGCUAUCUGUCGCGCCGGGCUCGCUGCCAGUCUUACGACCCAGGUCCUCGUGGAAAAAUCACUCCUUGGGUGGAAGGAGUACGAGCUGGAGGUAAUGCGUGACCUGGCCGACAAUGUGGUGAUCAUCUGCUCGAUUGAGAACAUCGAUCCCAUGGGUGUUCACACGGGGGAUUCAAUCACGGUGGCGCCAGCGCAAACGCUCACGGAUAAGGAGUACCAGAGACUCAGGGACUACUCUGUGGCCAUCAUCAGGGAAAUUGGGGUGGAGUGUGGGGGAUCCAACGUGCAAUUUGCAGUAAAUCCAGUGGACGGAGAGGUGAUGGUUAUUGAGAUGAAUCCAAGGGUGUCACGGUCAUCUGCCCUUGCUUCAAAGGCAACGGGCUUUCCCAUUGCUAAGAUGGCUGCUAAGCUGUCUGUAGGUUACACGCUUGAUCAGAUUCCAAAUGAUAUUACAAAGAAGACACCGGCUAGUUUCGAGCCCUCUAUCGAUUAUGUGGUAACAAAGAUUCCACGUUUUGCUUUUGAGAAAUUCCCUGGUUCAGAACCAAUCUUAACAACCCAGAUGAAAUCUGUUGGUGAGGCAAUGGCACUUGGGAGGACUUUCCAAGAAUCCUUCCAGAAGGCAGUUCGAUCAUUGGAGUCUGGGUACUCUGGCUGGGGUUGUGCACCCAUUAAGGAACUCAACUGGGACUGGGAUCAGUUAAAGUACAGCAUGCGAGUUCCAAAUCCAGAUCGUAUGCAUGCCAUAUAUGCAGCAAUUAAGAAAGGAAUGAAGGUAGAGGAAAUUCAUGAGCUGAGCUUCAUUGACAAGUGGUUCCUUACUCAACUCAAGGAGCUAGUGGAUGUGGAACAGUUCCUCCUGUCACAGACACUGGACCAGCUGACAAAGCAUGACUUCUAUGAAGUUAAAAGGAGGGGCUUUAGUGAUAGGCAGAUUGCUUAUGCAACUUCUUCCUCGGAGAGUGACGUCCGAUCAAGGCGCUUGUCACUAGGUGUGACCCCAGCAUAUAAAAGGGUUGACACCUGUGCUGCAGAGUUCGAGGCAAACACUCCCUACAUGUACUCCUCUUAUGAUUUUGAAUGUGAAUCAGCUCCCACUCCAAAGAAAAAGGUGUUGAUAUUGGGGGGUGGACCUAACCGUAUUGGCCAGGGUAUUGAGUUUGAUUACUGCUGCUGUCAUGCUUCUUUUGCCCUUAAAGAGAAUGGAUAUGAGACAAUCAUGAUGAACUCAAAUCCAGAGACUGUAUCCACUGAUUACGAUACCAGCGAUCGACUAUACUUUGAACCUUUGACCGUUGAGGAUGUUCUGAAUGUGAUUGACUUAGAGCGGCCAAAUGGUAUUAUUGUACAAUUUGGUGGGCAAACUCCUUUAAAGCUUGCUCUCCCCAUACAGCAGUAUCUUGAAGAACAAAAGUUGGUAGCUUCCACUGGGACAGGGCAUGUGCAAAUUUGGGGAACAUCACCUGAUUCCAUUGAUGCUGCAGAAGAUAGAGAACGAUUUAAUGCAAUUCUCGAUAAUCUCAAGAUUGAGCAACCUAAAGGGGGCAUAGCAAAGAGUGAAUCAGAUGCCAUAUCGAUUGCGAGUAAAAUUGGUUACCCUGUUGUAGUCAGACCUUCUUAUGUCUUGGGUGGACGUGCGAUGGAAAUUGUUUACAAUGAUGAUAAACUUAGCAAAUACCUUGAGAAUGCAGUAGAAGUUGAUCCUGAGCGCCCUGUGUUGAUAGAUAAAUAUCUCACAGAUGCCAUCGAAAUUGAUGUGGAUGCAUUGGCUGACUCAAAUGGGAACGUGGUAAUUGGUGGUAUCAUGGAGCACAUUGAGCAGGCAGGUGUUCAUUCGGGUGACUCAGCCUGUUUGCUUCCUACAAAAACUGUGUCAAAUAAGUGCCUGGAUACAAUUCGCCAGUGGACAAUCAAGCUGGCCAAAAAACUUGAUGUAUGCGGGCUUAUGAAUUGCCAAUAUGCAAUUACUGCUUCUGGUGAUGUAUACCUUCUUGAAGCCAAUCCACGUGCUUCUCGCACUGUCCCUUUUGUCUCUAAAGCUAUUGGACACCCUUUGGCAAAAUAUGCAUCUCUUGUCAUGUCUGGGAAAAACUUGCAUGAACUUGGAUUUACAAAAGAGGUGGUGCCUAGGCAUGUGUCAGUCAAGGAGGCCGUACUUCCAUUCGAGAAAUUCCAAGGAUGUGAUGUUCUUCUUGGCCCAGAGAUGCGUAGCACUGGAGAAGUUAUGGGAAUUGACUUUGACUUCCAUGUGGCUUUUGCCAAGGCACAGAUAGCUGCCGGACAGCAGCUUCCAGCUAGUGGUACAGUCUUUCUCAGCCUAAAUGACUUGACAAAGCCACACCUUGCUUCAAUCGCUCGUGGAUUCCUAGAACUUGGUUUCAAAAUUGUUGCAACUUCUGGGACGGCUCGUGUGCUUGAUUUGGAGGGUAUACCGGUGGAGGUUGUUCUUAAGAUGCAUGAGGGGAGACCUCAUGCAGGGGAUAUGCUAGCAAAUCGUGAAAUACAAGCUAUGGUGAUAACAAGUUCUGGUGAUGCUCUAGAUGCAAUUGAUGGAAGGCAGCUGAGGAGGAUGGCGCUGGCGUACAAGAUCCCAAUUAUAACAACAGUUGCCGGGGCAUUAGCUACUGUGGAAGCUAUUAAGAGCUUGAAACAUAGCUCUAUCAAGAUGCUAGCAUUGCAGGACUACUUUACUGUUUCAGAUGAGCAUCCAAAGUUGCAGGCGGCAUCAUCUGCCAUUUAGCCAUGUUUUUCUUUUAUAUAGAGGGUUGCAGCUGCAUUGAAUCAACAAACUAGAUGUGAUGUUGGCAAUCUUGUUAGACUGAACUGCCAUACUAGUGCUGAAAGAAAUGUGCUGGCUGGAUUUGUGUAUACAACUCAUCAAGCUUUUUGUGAGAUCUACAUGAAGUUGCAAACCCAAAAGCCAAAUGUAGGGCGCUUGGAAUAACAGCAUUUUGCACUGAGGGGUUUCAGUCUAACGUGAUAAAAAAUGGAAACGAAAAGAUUAUGUAAACAGAACGGUUAUGAAAACUAGAAAGCAUUUCUUGUUUAAUGAAGAUUCUUUAAAUUUUCAGAUUUUCGAGCUUGUCUCAAA